AUGGAGGUCAAGGAGCUGCUCGGGAAGAUUUCGGUGGCAAAGGCGGAAGGGAGGGGAGCUUGGAUGGUUCUGCCACUCCAGACAUUGGGAGCGCGUCGCAACAAUGCGCCCUGGGCCCAUUUCCCAUUUAAUGCCAGUUUACAAGAGGCCCACAACUGCCUCGAUACGUUCAUUCUAUCUUUCCUCCAUACACCGGUUCAUAUGCCAUCAUGCGCGUCGAUCCUCCAUACACCCACGCUAUACCUACGAGGCGCCAAGUCGAAAGCGACAGUGAAGUUGAAAGACCUCCCUCAAGGAGUUUUAAAACUCGAGCCAUACGAUGAUCGGAAGGAUGAGGCACCCCGCUACCCGACAGUGGUGCAGGGACACCGAAAUAAUAUGCAAACGUUCAAGAACUGUGUGAUCUUGACGCGAGUCGGCGGCUUUUACGAGCUUUAUUUUGAGCAAGCAGAAGAGCUAGCCCCAUUGCUCAGCCUCAAGCUUGCAUCCAAAAAGACCAACGGUGGGCCAGUUCCAAUGGCUGGCUUCCCCUUCUUCCAGCUCGAUCGGUUUCUGAAGAUCCUCGUCCAAGAUCUGAACAAGUAUGUGGCUAUCAGCGAAGAACUUGCUAUCAGUUCCGAAGACAAAGCUCGCUCUGGGGGCCUUCUCUUUGAUCGGAAGGUUGCCAGGAUCGUCACGCCCGGCACUCUGAUUGACGAGAAAUUCAUUGACCCUUCUGAGCACAAUUACUUGUUGGCCAUAUAUUUGGAUAUCACGGCCUUACAACUGCAAUCAAAGCAGAAUGUUGACAAUGAUACGCAUCAGCAUCUGUUGUCAUCUGUGCCUCAGCAAGUAGGAUUGUCGUGGCUUGACCUCUCAACUGGUGAUUUCUUCACCCAGCUCACUACGACCCAGAUGCUCCCAUCGGCAAUCGCGCGCAUCGGAGCUCGCGAGAUUCUAGUAGAUCAGAAUGUGCAAGAUUCUAUUGGACACGAGUUACAAAUGCUGGUUGGACAUGAUCAUCGUCUUGUCACUUUCUUCCAGUUUCCUAGAGAUAUUAAACCAGUUUCUGAAUGGAACUCAAUGCUCGAGUCCCCGGUGCCUGAAGAUGCUCGCGGGUCAUUUACACCUGAGGAAGUAGCAGCCGGGUACAGUCUGCUUGAGUACAUUCGCGUGCAGCUCCAAGGAUCGAAUCUGAAGCUCCAGCCUCCUAUUCGAAAACACCUGAAUGAAUCAAUGAGCAUUGAUCGUAACAGCCUGAGUGGUCUUGAGAUUCUGGAGACAGCGAGAGACGGUUUUGGGAAAGGAAGUCUUCUUCACGCCGUAAGAAGGACGUCUACGAAAAGUGGUGCACGGCUUUUGCGAGACCGAUUGACCUCACCGUCUACGUCUUUACAGGUCAUCAAUGAGCGCUUGGACCUUGUCUCGGUCUUCAUAGAACAUGUGGAGCUCCGUGAUAGCGUCAUUCAGCUUUUGAAGCGCAGCUACGAUUCUCAGCGUCUGGUUCAGAAAUUUGCUUUUGGAAAAGGUGACCCGGAUGACCUGGUUUGUCUUUCACGUGCCAUCGAGGCCUCUAAGGAUGUCAGACAAGUUCUCCUAGAUCAUAAUAGGCUUCCGGUUUCCGCUAGCACUCCUGAUCUGAGCCGCAGCCUCGCCGCCAUGAUCUCGCGCCUUUCCCUUGACGGUCCCAUUGCGUUAGCAGAUCAAAUUCUUGCGGCCAUCGAUGAAGAGGGCUUGUUACAGAAGCAACGCAUCGAGGAUAGUGCCGCCGCCGAGGCAGCCAGUCUGGCACAGAAGGUUGCUAUAGAUGAAGGCACAUCUAGUGACUUUGAAGCUCUACCAAAGAAGGUCAGAGCGAAGAAGGGCGAGCGGACUGUGUCGAUUGAUACCGAGUCCGGUCCCCUCGAUACCUGGAUCAUGAGGCGUGACGCGAGUGAGACGUUAAAUGCACUCCACGCGGAACUGGAAAGGUUUGGUGAUGAAAAGGCUUCACUGAUUCAACGGCUCCGUGAUGCGGUCGGAUCGUCAGCCCUAAGCCUCAAAUGGACACCAGGUUUGGGCCACAUCUGCCACGUCAAAGGGGCCAAGAUAUCCCAGAAAUCUCUAGAAGACUUGGGGGUCACUCGGAACGUUUCAUCGACCAAAUCGACUCGGUCGUUUUACCUGCCAGCCUGGACAGAGCUAGGUUCCAAAAUGGACCAGGUGAAAAUCAGGAUCCGCCAAGAGGAGCAAACAAUCUUUGAACGUCUGCGACGUGAGGUUAUCUUGAACCUCGUCAAGAUCCGUCGAAACGCAGCAGUCAUGGAUGAGUUGGAUGUGGCGUGUUCGUUUGCACUUCUAGCCCAGGAACAGCAGAUGGUGCGACCGAUUCUCAAUGACGGCACCUGCCACAAGAUUGUCGGUGGCAGACAUGCCACCGUCAAAUUGGGCCUAGAGGAACAGGGACGAUCGUUUGUGAGCAACGAUUGCUUCUUGGGUGAUACCGAGCGCAUUUGGCUCAUUACUGGCCCCAACAUGGCAGGCAAAAGCACUUUCCUGCGACAGAAUGCUUUGAUUACCAUUCUCGCGCAGGUGGGAUCAUUUGUACCGGCAGCUUAUGCUGAGAUCGGCAUCGUCGACCAAAUCUUCAGCCGAAUCGGUGCAGCUGAUGACCUCUUCCGCGACCAGUCGACUUUCAUGGUAGAGAUGUUGGAAACAGCUGCGAUUCUCAAGCAAGCGACGCCCAAGUCAUUCGUGAUUAUGGAUGAAGUCGGCCGAGGCACAACCCCGGAGGAUGGUACGGCUGUUAGCUUCGCGUGUCUGCAUCACUUACAUUAUCAUAACCAGUCUCGAGUGCUUUUUGCUACUCAUUUCCAUGCCCUUGCGGAUAUGACAGAGGACUUUGAGAAGCUGGCAAGAUACUGCACGGAUGUUAAGGACCUUCCUUCAGGCGCGUUCUCGUUUGUUCAUCGACUGCGGAAAGGCGUCAACCGUGAGUCUCAUGCUCUUAAGGUUGCCCAGCUGGCUGGGUUGCCUGGGAAAACCCUCGAACUGGCGACACGGGUGCGCCAGAAGCUUAGAGACGAGAUGCCACCGUCUCGAGUCACUGAUGAAGAUCAAUCCUAG